CCUCUGCCGGGCCGGAAGCACCGCCGAGAGGCGGAGGGCAGCCGUGGAGCCACCGCCCCCUCGCCGCUUCGCCGCUGUUUGGGGAGCCCGGACCGAGCCGGCGCCGGGUUGCCCUGAUGGUCCCCGGCCGGCGGCGGCGGCAGAGGCGGCGGGAGGAUGACCUCUCCCCGGGAGCGGGGUGCAGACCUGGCCCGUUUCUACACUGUCACCGAGCCCCAGCGACAUCCAAGGGGCUACACGGUGUAUAAGGUCACCGCCCGGGUUGUUUCACGAAGAAAUCCAGAGGAUGUCCAGGAGAUAAUCGUAUGGAAGAGAUACAGUGACUUUAAGAAACUACACAAAGAACUAUGGCAAAUUCACAAAAACUUAUUCCGACAUUCAGAAUUGUUUCCUCCAUUUGCUAAAGGAAUAGUGUUUGGACGAUUUGAUGAAACCGUUAUUGAAGAGAGAAGACAGUGUGCUGAAGAUUUGCUACAGUUCUCCGCUAAUAUCCCUGCUCUUUAUAACAGUAAACAGCUUGAAGAUUUUUUCAAGGGUGGAAUAGUUAAUGAUGGUUCUGAAUUGAUUGGACCUGCCGAAGCUUAUUCGGAUUCCCUCAUUGAUAGCUUUCCUGAGUGUAGUACUGAAGGUUUCUCCAGUGACAGUGAUUUGAUAUCUCUUACUGUGGACGUGGAUUCUCUUGCUGAGUUAGAUGAUGGAAUGGCUUCCAAUCAAAACUCUCCCAUUAGAACUUUUGGUCUCAAUCUUUCUUCGGAUCCUUCAUCAUUAGGGGCCGUUGCUUCUGACAGCGAACAGAACAAAACAGAAGAAGAAAGGGAAAGUCGUAGCCUCUUUCCUGGCAGUUUAAAGUCCAAGCUUGGCAAGAGAGAUUAUUUGGAGAAAGCUGGAGAAUUAAUAAAGCUGGCUUUAAAAAAGGAAGAAGAAGAUGACUAUGAAGCUGCCUCUGAUUUUUAUAGGAAAGGAGUCGAUUUACUCCUAGAAGGUGUUCAAGGAGAGUCAAGCCCUACCCGUCGAGAAGCUGUGAAGAGAAGAACAGCAGAAUAUCUCAUGCGAGCAGAGAGUCUCUCUAGCCUUUAUGGAAAACCUCAACUUGAUGAUGUAUCUCAGCCUCCAGGAUCACUAAGUUCAAGGCCCCCUUGGAACCUAAGGAGCCCCGCCGAGGAGCUGAAGGCCUUCAGAGUCCUUGGGGUGAUUGACAAGGUUUUACUUGUAAUGGACACAAGGACGGAACAGACAUUCAUUUUAAAAGGUCUAAGGAAAAGCAGUGAAUACAGCAGGAACAGAAAGACCAUCAUCCCCCGCUGUGUGCCCAACAUGGUGUGUCUGCACAAGUACAUCAUUUCUGAGGAGUCGGUAUUUCUUGUGCUGCAGCAUGCGGAAGGUGGCAAACUCUGGUCAUAUAUCAGUAAGUUUCUAAACAGAAGUCCUGAAGAAAGCUUUGACAUCGGGGAAGUGAAAAAAUCUGCACUUAAUAAAGUUCACCUGCAACAGCCAACUUCUAGUCCUCAGGACAGCAGCAGCUUUGAAUCCAGAGGAAGCGAUGGUGGAACGAUGCUUAAAGGUCUGCCUCUGAAGACUAGUCUUACUCCAAGCUCUCAAGAUGAUAGCAACCAAGAUGAAGAAGGCCAGGAUAGCUCUCCAAAAUGGCCAGAUUCUGGCUCAAGUUCAGAAGAAGAGUGUACCACGAGUUAUUUGACUCUAUGCAAUGAAUAUGGGCAAGAAAAGAUCGAGCCAGGGUCACUGACUGAGGAGCCUUUCAUGAAGAUCGGAGGGAGUGCUGUUGAUACCAGAAUUACCGAAAGCUUCCCAGCACACCUCGCUGCUGACAGUGGCAGCUCCAGCACCCAGCACGUAGCUCACGAGCUGAAGUUCUUUGCUGGAGAUGAUGACCUAGAAGCAGAUAGUUCUCCAAGAACGUCAGAUUCCCUUAGUAGAUCUAAAAACAGCCCCAUGGAAUUCUUUAGAAUAGAUAGUAAGGAUAGCACUAGUGAACUCCUAGGCCUUGAUUUUGGAGAAAAAUUGUAUAGUCUAAAGUCAGAGCCUUUGAAACCAUUUUUCACUCUUCCAGAUGGAGACGGCACUUCCAGGAGUUUCAGUACUAGCGAAAGCAAGGUAGAGUUUAUAGCUCAGGACACCAUUAGCAGGGGCUCAGAUGACUCUGUCCCAGUUAUUUCUUUUAAAGAUGCUGCUUUUGAUGAUGUCAUCGGCACUGAGGAAGGAAGACCUGAUCUCCUUGUAAAUCUACCUGGUGAACUGGAGCCCAUCAAGGACGGUGCAGCAAUGGGACCCACUCCAUUUACACAGACUAAUAUAGGCAUAAUUGAAAGUAAAUUGUUGGAAGCCCCCGAUGUUUUAUGUCUCAGGCUGAGCACUGAACAACGCCAAGCAAGUGAAGAAAAAGGCACAGAGGAAUUGAGUGAUCCCUCCAGGCCUAAACCCCACAGCAUAGCCGAGAAACACAGUGUACAGGGGGAUCUCGGGAUGUUAUGUGUAGCAGCCAUUGGUCAUGGUAGUUCAGAAGACGUGUCUUUGUUACACAGGUCGGAUCCUAAGUUACAAGGCCUUGGAACGGUUGAGUCGACAGUAACUGCAAACAACAUGGAAGAAAACAUAUUCCAUGUUUCUAACCCACUCUCAGGUGCUCAUGAAUAUAAUGUAAACACAGACACUUUAAAAACUGAAGAAGUAUUGCUGUUUACAGAUCAAACUGAGGAUUUGGCUAAAGAGGAACUGACUUUAUUUCAGAGAGACUCAGAGACUAAGGGAGAGAGUGGAUUAGCACUAGAAGGAGACAAGGAAAUACAUCAGAUUUUUGAGGACCUUGAUAAAAAAUUAGCACUAAACUCCAGGUUUUACAUCCCUGAGGGCUGCAUUCAGAGAUGGGCAGCUGAAAUGGUGGUAGCCCUUGAUGCUUUACAUAGAGAGGGAAUUGUGUGCCGCGAUUUGAACCCAAACAACAUCUUAUUGAAUGAUAGAGGACACAUUCAGCUAACGUAUUUUAGCAGGUGGAGCGAGGUUGAAGAUUCCUGUGACAGCGAUGCCAUGGAGAGAAUGUACUGUGCCCCAGAGGUUGGAGCAAUCACAGAAGAAACGGAAGCCUGUGAUUGGUGGAGUUUGGGUGCUGUUCUCUUUGAACUUCUUACUGGCAAGACUCUGGUUGAGUGCCAUCCAGCAGGAAUAAAUACUCACACUACUUUGAACAUGCCGGAAUGUAUCUCUGAAGAAGCUCGCUCGCUCAUACAACAGCUCUUGCAGUUCAACCCUGUGGAGCGUCUUGGUGCUGGAGUUGCUGGUGUUGAAGAUAUCAAAUCUCAUCCGUUUUUUACCCCUGUGGAUUGGGCAGAACUGAUGAGAUGAACAGAAUGCGGGGUUAUCUGUGCACAUUCUGAUCUUCUCUGUGACAGGCAUCUCCAGCACAGAGGCAGCUCUGCCUCACAGUCAUUUACGGAGCACCAAGACAUUGGGAUAAAGACCUCUAGAGGAAACGGGGGAAGAAAAAGGCUGAAAGAGAACAGUUCCUUUACUGUGACUCUCUGGACAAGAUAUUGGCUGCAUUUGCAGGGGGCUUUUAUGUGCAAACCUUUAACAAAGGUUUGAGCUCUAUUUUAUCUGCAGUUAAUGUUGCAGAUUGAUUGUAAACCCAACUGAAAGAAGAAUACCCUUCAAGAACUUCCUCUGAAAGCUCCAAGUGUACAUUUAAGUGUUACUUGAAAGGAGGACCUUUACAUGGCAGCUAAUAGUGCUUUCUGCUAAGCAAGUUUGGUUUGUAUGAUCGUAAUUCAUAUUUGCUGAAUAAUACACUAAAAGUGCUUCAUGAAUAGUGUCAUCCAUGGAGCUUAAAAAGUGAGGAAACAAGAAUUUAUACAUCAUGUCUGAUAGAAAACACGCACCAUGAUGCUAUAUAAUUAACAUGUGCUAAAUGUGGUCCCAUACUAUUUCUACUUUCCGAAGUCUACAUGAGAAGAAAACUCAUGCUGUCGACUUUAUACGUGGUUGGUUGGUACUGCUUACGGAAGGGUUCAUAUAAACACUCACUGUCUUCUCAACUUUAUCUUUCUGCUCCCUACACUCUUUGCCUAUUCUCUCAUAAUCUCUUCCCUUUUCCUCUACUAGUAUAUAUGCAACAAAAAGGGAAGGGAGUAUUUAUUUCUCCAAAUUGUAUCCACUUAAUAAGGACAAAAAAAUCAUGGUUAUAAAAUAAACGUGGUAAAAAUUGAAAUCUCUCCUUUAUUUAAUUGCUUAAAUUUUUUGUUUUGCUUUGUUUUAGAAGGGCUCACAUUUUGGAAUGUUAGCAAUUUCUGCGGCUGCUUAUGCUUGACUUCUUUUUAGGUUUUUGGUUUGGUACACUAAGAACCAAAGUAUCUAAAUGGAAUUGAAUGGCAAUCCUAUUUUAUUACUUAGUGAUGAGAUUUCCAGAUUUGACCUCCUAAUCUACCUGACAUGUGGAAAGACUAGGAGUAUUUAUACAUCUACAAACAUUUGUAUUUGUUAUUUCUUUAUGUUGCUAAGAUGGCUCCUGCAUUUAUCUGUGCCUUGUUUAUAAUAAUUUACAAAUGUUUAAAAGGCAUUAAUGUCCCGUUUUUAAACUUUAUCCAAAGAUGAAAGAACAAAUUACUUUUUUUCGGAGUGAGGGGCCAUCAGAAAUGAAAAUUUUCCAUAUUUUUAAUCCUCUGAGGUUUUGAGAGCGAGAAUCGAUUCCUGCUCGAAGAGCAUCUAUAUAGCUUCCAUUUGCCAUCAGCUAGGUCGUCCCAUCAAAAUAAAUGGAAGCAGAAAAUGCUUUAGUGAAACAAAGGAAAUGUGCAAGCAUUUUUUCUUUUUCUAUUUUCCUACUUCCCCUUUUUCCUUCUGGUUCCCUAUACCGUGAACCUCAGACGAAGGACUGCAACAACACCAGGAUGGGGAGCGGGUCACCAGGAUCAAAGCGCAGUCAAGAUGACAUCACUCCCUGGAACUGAAUUUCGACUCACCAACCCCCUGGCCUCAUAACAGGAACUCAUGCAGGUGAGACUAAAGAAGGACUUCCUGUGUAGGACUGGUAGGAAAUCUGCAAGUACUUAGAGCUGGCCACUGCAAAGCUUCCUUCCAGAAGUGCCCUGUGACAGGAAAGUAGGACCUCACAACUAAGGGGAAGCUCCCAGCCCUGCUACAUGACUUUGGUUCUUUGGAUUCAGGACGGUAAUGUCAACAGAUGGUUGCUGUGUCAGUGUGUUGACACAGCUCCAUUGCUUCAGCUCCCUCUUUCUCUCUGUAGAUUUGAUUGGAACUUGUGCUUGAUGCAGGUAUAUCAUUCUUAAUCAUGGUGGACAUGAAUUAUUAUAGUAAUAAACACAUAGGAUAUGG